AUGUCAAAGCAUGCGCAGCAUUUCGGUCAAUGGCGCACUGCGGCAAACGGCCAUAUAACAAAAGAUCCUAAUGGCGAUAGCAAGACGGACUACACCAGAUGGAGGUUGCACGACAACGACGGUCGCUUGACCUGGCGAUAUCUCCAGUCAGAUGAAGAGGUCGAGAGCUGGCCUCAGACUUUCUACGAUAAAUACCACAUUGGGCUUCCAACUGGAGCACCUGAACUGCCCAAAGCAAAGACCCCGUUGAAGGCUGCUGAAAAUGGUAUGGAAUUUUUUUCCAAGCUGCAGAUGCCAACAGGGCACUGGGCUUGCGAGUACGGUGGCCCAAUGAUUCUGUUGCCUGGCCUGGUCAUCGUUUGGUAUGUAACGAAGACCCCGAUACCUCCAGAGUAUGCAGCAGAAAUCAGGAGGUAUCUUUUUGCCCGACAAAAUCCUGAGGAUGGUGGAUGGGGUCUGCACAUCGAGGGCCACAGCUCUGCAUUUGGUACCUCUAUGAAUUACGUCGUCCUCCGUCUUCUUGGAGCGAGUGAAGAGGAUCCUCGUAUUAUCAAAGCUCGUGGGUGCCUACAUAAGCUUGGUGGUGCGUUAUACGCGACCCAUUGGGCAAAAUUCUGGCUGGCUGUUCUGGGGGUCAUGGACUGGAAUUGUGUCAACCCUACACCACCAGAACUCUGGCUAUUGCCCGAUUGGGUGCCCAUCGCUCCUUGGCGAUGGUGGAUUCAUAUUCGCAUGGUAUUUUUGCCAAUGUCUUAUAUCUGGUCCAAGAGAUGGAGCUAUCCCGAAGACGAAUUAACAAAACAACUUAAAUCUGAACUUUACACACAACCAUACGAAAGUAUCGACUUUGCGUCUCACCGCAACUCCAUUGCUGAUGAGGACAACUACUACCCAAAAACCUGGAUUCUUAAUUUACUCAACUUACUGCUGACUACUAUCUGGAUUCCGUUCCUUCGUUUGUCCUCCUUGGCCAAGCGUGCUGAAGACUGGGUUUGGGAGUUGGUGCGGAUGGAAGAUGAGAACACGGAUUAUGCUGGACUUGCUCCUGUAAGCAACGCGAUGAACUUUCUCGUAUGCUACAUCCAUGACGGCGAAGGAAGUUAUUCGGUUCGGAAGCACCGCGAAGCUCUACAUGAGUAUAUGUGGAUGACACGCGAGGGAAUGCUUUGCAAUGGCACCAAUGGCGCGCAGGUCUGGGAUACAGCUUUUAUUACACAGGCUGUUGCCGUGGCUGGCUUUGCGGAAGAUCCCAAAUGGCGGCCAAUGCUUACCAAGGCUCUUGAAUUUUUAGACAAUCAUCAAUUGCGAGAAAAUGUGCCUAAUCAAGAAAAAUGCUAUCGUCAGCAUAGAAAGGGAGCAUGGCCAUUUAGCAACAAGACACAAGGCUACACAGUAAGCGACUGCACCGCGGAGGGUCUGAGGUCUACGUUACAACUGCAGGAAAUCUAUGGGUACCCUAAACUUCUCUCGACGAGUCGACUGAAGGACUCUGUUGACUGCCUGUUAUUGAUGCAAAACGACACUGGAGGAUUCAGUGAAUACGAGAUUCGACGAGGAUCACCUAAGCUGGAAUACUUGAAUGCAGCAGAGAUGUUUGGGGGCAUCAUGAUCAGCUACGAUCAUGUCGAAUGCACAACCGCAUCCGUCACGGCACUAUCACUCUUCAGCAAAUUCUACCCCGAUUAUCGGGUGGAUGAAAUCAAAGCCGCGAAACACAAAGCAGUUGGAUAUAUCAAGCGAGCCCAGAAAAAGGAUGGAGGCUGGUAUGGAGCAUGGGGUAUCUGCUUUACAUAUGCAGCCAUGUUUGCACUCGAAAGUCUGACUAGCAUUGGAGAGACCUACACCACAAGCGAAUAUUCUCGCCGGGGAUGUGAUUUCCUGCUCUCCAAACAAAAGGAGGAUGGAGGCUGGGGCGAAUCAUAUCUCAGCAGCGUGAAGCACGUCUACGUUCAGCACGAAAAGUCCCAAGUCGUUCAAACUGCUUGGGCCUGUUUGGCUUUAAUGGAAGCGGAAUAUCCUGACCCAGAACCGAUUCGCCGAGGCAUUAAACUCCUGAUGUCGCGACAACAGCGCAACGGCGAAUGGCUACAGGAAGCGAUUGAGGGUGUUUUCAAUAUGUCCUGUAUGAUCUCCUACCCGAACUAUAAGUUGUACUGGCCUAUCCGAGCUCUAGGACUGUAUUCGCGCAAAUUCGGCAAUGAAGAUCUAUUUUAG